AAAAAUACAAGACAACGCUAAAGUUACCAGGUAUCAACUGAUCCACAAUGGAUCGCACGCGAAAAACCUCCAGCUCAAGGAAGGCGCCAGAAUCGAGCAAAAGUCGGAAGCCAUCGACAACGAGCAAGGCCGAUUCACCGAGAAAGGUAUCAACAAGCAAUGCCGAUCCAACAAGAAAGCUAUCAACAACAAAGGCAGAUUCACAGAGAAAGCUAUCAACAACGAGCAAGACAGAUUCACCGAGAAAAAUAUCAACAACAAGCAAGGCGGAUUCACCAAGAAAGGCAUCAAUGACAAGCAAGGAAGAUUCACCGAGAAAGCUAUCAACAACGAGCAAGGCCCCAACGAGAAAACCAUCCAGAAAGGAGAGCGCGUAUCAUGAAGAAGAUGUGGAGGAAGAAGCUGGAUGGACAGAGUCGUAUCUAAGGUCUCGAAUGAAGGACACCGAUUCCUCCAAGGAACUGGAUCUCUCGAACAAGAGGCUCGAAGAAAUACCUCCGGACGUCUUCAGUAUCAAAGAAGUUGAAAUCCUGGAUGUGUCAGACAACCCCUUGGAGUCGAUACCCGUUAACAUCGCAAGUCUUUCUAAUCUGAAGGAGAUGAGAGCGGCAGGAUGUGAUCUAAAAGAAGUCAGCGGAAAUAUUUCGAGAUGCACGUAUCUGAGGAACAUAGACUUUUCCCGAAAUCCACACAUUGCUGCACUUCCGGCAACAAUGAAACAACUUGGGUACUUAAAGUAUCUAGCUCUUUCCGGCUGUGAGCUGAAAUCGCUUCCAAAGAACCUCACUCUUUUGGCCACAAUUGAAACCCUUGAUGCGUCAAAGAAUGUGCUGACGACCCUCCCCUCUGAGGUUUCAGGGCUGAAAAGAAUGAAGGUCCUCACGCUUAACGACAACGCCUUUGAAAGCAUCCCGCAAGCCAUCAAGUCACUUGGACGUCUCGACCGCUUAGAGAUGAAGCGAAAUAAGUUGAACAAUCAUCAGGGCGACCUGGUGUUGAACGUCCCUUCAAAGUUGAAGAUCUUGGACUUGGAGGACAACUGUUCCUUAAGUUUGGUACCGGAAGGACUUCAAAACCUUGAAGCCAUAGAGGGCCUUAACUUCAGUUACUGCGGUAUCGAGACGCUUCCGGGUUCGAUCGGACAGAUACCCACAUUGAAAGAAAUCCACCUCGCCGGUAACAAACUGCGCACGCUUCCCGACAGCUUCGGGCGCCUUCUCAAUCUGGAGACCCUGGAUUUAGAGGGCAAUCGCCGCCUGUCAAGUUUGCCUCUCACGCUCCACCACCUGCGGAAGCUGAAAGACAAAGAGACAGGGACGAACACAGGACUAGUCCUGGACAACGUACCGACUAUGGAGAUUCCAGAGCCGAAGAUUGUCAAGGAAGGCGUGGUCUCCGUACUCGGUGAGCUAUUGACAGAAGACGGCCUGAACAGCGUCACAGUCAACAUCGCCGCAGAAAUUGUCGACGACACAAUCAUUGACAAUCUGUCAGAUGACAUCGUCACUAUCGUUGAAGAGGGCCUAAGUGAUGACCUCAUGUUGAACAUGACAGACGUUGCGAUUGGUGAAGAGCAAUGCGUGGAAGACAUCUUCCCAGGCAUAUUUGAAGACGUCAUCCAAGCUCUUCUGAAGGAAGUCACCAAGGAAACAGUAAAGGAAGAAGAAGAUAUGAUGCUCGUCGUUGACGAGAUUUUGGAAGAAAUGAGCGAACUGAUGACAAAAGAAGAGGCUACAGGUGCUAUCAUCGAUGCCGCGGCAAGGGUAGUGAUGGAGAAUCUCCUGCUGGAGAUCACCAAGGCAACGGCAAAGUCAGUGGCAUUAGAAGUGGACGAAGAGUGGCGCCUGGGCCAAACUGUGCCAGCGGAAUACGACAAACCGUUUAGCUAUGACAUCUCAGCGGUCUCAGCCACCGUGCAGUCUUUGGACCUUCCAGCCGGCUGCAACUUGAGCAUCCCUCCAAGAGCUACUGCCGAAAAUACGUCCGUCAUCUCAGCAGUGCUGAACCCCCACGGGUACGAAGGGACCCUUAAGCUAGAGGAUCACGAGCUCCUAGUCAGCGACAUCAUUGAGAUGAGACCGGCGGGGAUGACUUUCUCCAGGCCCGUAAAGCUGAAGAUUCCACACUCCUUACCCAAGUUCGACAAGGAGAGGGAGUACGUUGUGAUGACCUCAGAGGAUGAAGGGAUGACGUGGGAGACUCUGAGAACGCUAAGCCACCAAGAGAAAGGCCAGACCUACGUGACAGUGGAGGUAACACACUUCUCUUCGUUCGCCGUCGUGGCGCGGCCGUACGAACACUGCCACAGAGUGAGGAAGGGGGAAGCAUCAGAACUGAAGUCAUCGAAACAGACAGAGAUUAAGGUGCUCCUUCCACGGGACUCUGUCCCCACUGAGGAAGAGAUAUCCUUCAAGGUAAUUCCGGUUGAUAAGGAAGCCCUCACCUGUGCUGGAAUGGAAGACAGUGACAGAAUGAGCCACAUCGUCAAGUUCUUCAAAGGCAGCAACCUGCUUCUCAACAGCCCGGCCACCAUCGUUCUGCCUCUGUCACCUGGAGAGGAAGACAGCCACGUUCGUGUUCUGAGUUGCAAUGAGAACGGGGACUGGGAAGAUGUCACCGACAAAGUAGACGAUGUCGUACUGAAGGAGUCAAAGGUGGCUUUCAAGACAGACCGGCUGAGUUCUGGUUUCACAGUUCUUCGCUGCGACAAGAUCAUCGAUCCUGACAAAAUCGUCGCCUUGGUAGCCAAGAACACCCGGGCCAGGCGGGUCAGGACCGUCAUCUUCAAGAAGUGGAAGGAGCCCCGGGAGGCGGGAGUCAUGACCGCCCGGAUGGAGUGUGUUCUGGAGGAGUCAGUUGAAGAUCGCAUCUGUCGCAUGGUGACAAAGGAGGGAUAUGAGCGACAGGAAGGGACGCCAACUCCCACCAUGAGCAUGAUGGAAGAUGAGACGUUCUGUGCCAUAUUCCAGGGCAGCAUCCGUCCAGACGUGGAGCAGAUCAACACCUACUACGGAGUCAACUUCAAGUUCUACUGCAACAGGGCACGCAUUAGAGAGUUCGACGUGACGUUGGUGGACAAGGGAAAAGGCGCUACAUCCACUGUAAAGUUUUUCCCCGGACGAAGGGAAAGAUACCAUCCAUGCGCUCCAGGGGAAGAAGGCGCCACGCCUCUUGCGACCGCUGAAAUAACUGCACCCACCGGAACCAUCUGUGACUAUUGGUUGGCUUGUCAGCGGUUCAAGAAAACCUUGGGACUCGAGGACACUUACUUCUCUCCCGACCACGACAAGUGUUUCUGUGAGACGUGUCACCGGGACCGGGGCGCGCCAGAUUCCAAGAUGUGUGGCAAUCCUCCGACUUUGUACGCGGCGCCUGUUGGCUGGAGCAGGUUUGGUCUCAAUGUCAAUCCAGCCUUCAAAGACAAGAAGCUCAACGUGUUCAACCACUGGCACCGCGCGUACCACGGCACUCGCCCAAGUGCGGUGAAGAAAAUCCUGCAGACCAGCUCACAACUACUCAUGCCAGGAGACGUGACGUUUGGAGGUGAGAAGCUGGGAAAAGGGAAGGGAAGGGGCUUCGACAGCGUGCAGGUGUUUCUCUCACCGAGCAUCAAAUAUUCUGGACUUAACAUUUAUACUGGAGAAGAAAAUACCGGCGAACCAGCAAAGUUUAAAGACAACUUUGACGGUAAAGCGUACAGAGCCCGUGUCGCCUUCCAAGUGUGCACACGUCCCGGCAGCUACGGCGUUAUGCACGAGACUGUCGGUUUAUCCAGCAAGGGCGUAACCAUCGACCCACUCUUCAGCAACGAUAAAUUGGAAUGGAAAACUAAGGAGAGGGGAGUGCACGCUCUCUAUGGGCUACUUGUAAAGUUAGAAGAGAUUUAAAGAUCCUCACAAAGAUCCAUCCUUCUUAAUGACACACACAUGUAUGUGUGGCUAAUUUUAUAUUGCUAUAAAGACUUAAGGAGCAGAAUACACGAGAAAUCUAGAAAGCAGGAAUGUUAAAAUGCUGCCUGGUUUCUUACAUGGCAGCUACUUUGAUUUUGCCAUUCUGUGAGCUAUAUUUUUGAUUAGAUGAUCU